UCUGGUCGAAAACCAUGGAAUUCAAAUCCACGUACCGAAACUUCCAGUAAAUGGUUGCCUCCUUUAAUAACUGAGCCUAUUACAAGUGCUGAACGUUCUCCUGAGAGGAUUGAGUCUUUAGUUCAUUCAGGUUGUAUAACCAACAGAGAACCUUGGGAUUCACAUCUUAAACCAUCCCCUUUAUCUCCACCCAAUAUUAAUUCUCCUAUAACUUCUAAACGUCUUAAAACAACUGAAAAUCUUUUAAAAACACAAAAAAGUACAAGAAGACAACCUCGGCCACGUCCCAAAAGUGUUAGAGAAUUAACUGAUCCGGAUUGGGAAAAGGAAGAAUUUGAAGAGAGCAACAACAAAAAUAAUUAUUUUAACCAAUUUUCAACAUCUAUGAAUUUUAAGAGAACAAAAAAGGCAACAUCAUCUCCAGAUACAAAAGAAGAAAAUGAAGAGGAAUUUGAAACAAACAACGAUUUAUAUUCCAAAGAUUUUCUGAUGAAUAAAAGAAGAAGAAACAUGAUUUAUGUACUUUUACCACAAAUUAGACUAACUUUUAUGUUGGAUUUUUUAGUUACACAAUUAGUGAGAGAAUGUAUGUAA